UAACCACUAUCAUGCGGUCAACCAUACACGAAAUCGAUCUGUUUGCGGAUACAAUCAUUAUCCUUAGAAGUCCCUGUGAAAACUUCGCUCCGUGGGACGAGACCCCCACGCUCUCUAGUACGGAUGUUACAGAAGCGAAAGAAAAGCAACUAAUACGCGCCCAAACUUCCGAAAACGAACAGGUGGUCAGGAAGUUGUCCAAAAAGGAAGCUAAAAAGUUGGCUAAAAUGCGCAACAGAGCUUCCCUAAGCACCGUCCCCUCAAGGGUUCCAGAGAAUGGUGGUAAGCAAGCUGAGCCUCCAAGUAGAACCUCAUCUAAAGAGCAGAGACUCUUUCAAGACCCAGAUUCAGCACCAGGAGUGGACUACGAGGUGGAAAACUCAAGGGUUAAACCAGUCGUGCCAGCCUCCGAGCCGAUCACGUCCGAGGAUGACGAGAUUCAUUAUCUUGUCUCUUCUCGCCACUUAAUGCUGGCCUCGCCUUGGUUUAGGCGCGUAUUAACAAGAGAAGGGUUCAUUAAAGCUUCAAAAGAUCCAUCAGACAGGCGAUACCAUAUUCCAGCUAGUAGUUGGGACGAAGAAGCUUUCCUUAUUCUUCUAAACGUCUUUUAUGUCCGAACGCGCUAA